GCGCAAAGGCUGCUGGUACUCGGCUGUCAUGGCUCCAAACGUAAACAGAAAGCUAUGACUAACGACACAUUUUGGUGUAGUAUUUAGCUAAAUUAACUGCAGCUGCAUUUGAACUCUUACUAUCAGCCGGAGAAACAAGUGUCAGGGAAUAACAUGUCCGGGGGAAACAAAGCCAUUGAGUUACAGCUUCAGAUGCGGCACAAUGCGGAGGAUCUGCACAGCUUCAUGACUGAGAUGCAGAGCUGGGAGACCGACAUAAAGAAGAAAGAUGAGGAGCUGAGGACGGGAGGACUUGAGGAGGCCCAGAAGAAGCUCCCACCUGUGCGCAACAAAGACUACAAAACAAAAUUGAGGGAAAGGAAGAAGGUGUCAUCAGGCAAAGGCGACUCUAAGGCAGGGGAGUCCAAGGAAGCCACAAAGAUAAAAUCAUACGACUACAAAUCAUGGGAGAAGUUUGACGUGGACGAGGCGCUGGCAGAGUUGGAUAAGGAGGAAAGUCCUGCAGAGUCUAAUGAGUCAGACUCUGAGGAAGCUGCAGCAGAUCAGGACAAAAUGUUGGCUGAGAAAGUAAAGGGUAACGCAUUUUUCAAAGAGGGAAAGUACGACGACGCCAUUGAGUGUUACACCAGAGCCAUGGGUGCAGAUCCUUAUAACCCUGUGCUUCCCACAAACCGAGCCACCUCCUUCUUCAGACUCAAAAAGUAUGCUGUGGCAGAGUCCGACUGCAACUUGGCGAUCGUUCUGGACAGCAACUACUUCAAAGCGUAUGCUCGGAGAGGAGCAGCGCGGGUUGCACUGAAGAAAUAUGAAUCUGCAUUAGAAGAUUAUGAGACGGUUCUCAAGCUCGACCCCGGGAACGCGGAAGCACAGAAUGAAGUGACGAAAAUCAAGGAGACUCUCGGACAUCAGGCACCGGUCGUCCCAAUUGAAGCCACACAGCCACAGGAGGCUCCCACAGUGGACCCGGAGCAGCAGAGACGACAGGAGGAGCAGCAGAGACGACAGGAGGCGGCUGUACAAAAAGACAGAGGGAAUGCUUAUUUCAAAGAGGGGAAGUACGAAGUGGCAGUUGAGUGCUACAGCAGAGGCAUGGAGGCAGACUGCAUGAACGUCCUCUUGCCCGCCAACAGAGCCAUGGCCUUCCUCAAGCUGGAGAAGUAUAAGGAGGCAGAGGAGGACUGCACCAAAGCCGUUUCUUUGGACAGGACUUACUCCAAGGCUUUCGCCCGCCGUGCCACCGCCAGAGUGGCUUUAAGGAAACUGGAGGAGGCCAAGCAAGAUUUUCAGGAGGUGUUGAAACUGGAACCAGGGAACAAGCAGGCCCUGAAUGAGCUCCAGAAACUUCAGUUUGACGUGGCUUCCAGCGGCCUUCUCCAAACUCCCGACGGCACACGGAGGAGAACGGUUCAGCCAAUAGACAAACCAACACAUCUGCAGUCCACUAAACCUCUGCGCAGGGUUGAUAUUGAGGAAGUGAGUGGAGAAGUGUCCGCGAUGGAGUCAGGUGGGUCUGACUUCCUCGUCCAAGAGGUGACGAGGGAGGCUGAGGAUGAAUGCUCUCCACUGUCGACGUCACCCAGCGCUAAAAUGAUAAAGAUCGAGGAGAUAGCAGAUAUCCCCUCGUACUCCUCUGGGAGAGUUCCUUCCAACAGACGGACCAAGCAGCUGGCGCAGGAGGGAACCGCUCAUCCUCCCGCACCGUCGGCCAGCCCCUCCGCGACAGCAGCACACCUGCCUCCUCCACCCACCAACAGCUUCCAGCUGGAGGCCGACCUCCGCAGGAUCGGAAACCAGCCUGAAGUGAUUUACAGAUAUCUGAGGCAAAUCAACCCCGAGGCGUACGCAAACAUUUUCCACAACUCCCUCGAGCCUGACAUUCUCAACCAGAUCCUGAGUACACUGCAUGGUUUCUACAUCACGAAUGAAGAUCCGGCCACCACGCUGGAGAUCCUCCGGAGUCUAUCACGUGUGAGGCGCUUCGACAUGACCGUAAUGUUCCUGUCGUCCCCGGAGAAGAAAGUGCUUAAAGACCUGUUUGACUUCCUUCAACAAGCCGACCUGGAGGGAUCAUCGGUCUCCGCUUUACAGAAGAAGUACGGAGUGUGACGCUGCACGUUCUGUAGAUUUUUCAUUUCUACACGCUUUCUAUGUUAUGUUCAAAGCCGACUAAACAAUGUAGCUUUAUUUUUAAUACUGAAUAAACUUAAAUUCAAUUUGCUUUCAUCAAAUCGGCCCUGUGGAAAUAUGACGUAAAUAUUUUUCACAAAUUGCGCAUUUUAGUGUUAAAGCUGAUAAAAAAUAAACUACCACUGUAGAAUCCUG